GAUAAUGCAUGCACUGGCAACAACCGUCCACUGAUCACAGUCAAGGCAGCACAUCAGUAAACCUGCUUUUGCAUAUUGGCAGGAUUUAGGUGUGCUCUUAUAUUCUCGUAUAACCGGUAGCUCACCACGAGGAUAAAGAGAAAGAUGUCUGCUGCUGCCAAAGGUCUGUUCAUGUAUUUCGCUUUUGGGAGCAACUUGCUGAAGGAAAGACUGCAACUGGCAAACCCCUCGGCGACAUUUCUCACCACCGGUCGAUUGAAGGACUACGAGUUGAACUUUGGCUUGUGGGAACAACAUGUGGAGAACAGUUGGCAUGGUGGAGUGGCCACAAUCCAGUCUGUUCCAGGCAGCGAAGUGUGGGGGGUGAUCUGGACUUUGAGCAACGAAAACCUCUCAAGUUUAGACAAACAAGAAGGGGUGAGCCAGGGACUGUACUCUCCACUGGAAGUUUUAGUGGAGACUGAUGAAGGGCCGAUGUCUUGCAGGACUUAUCAGAUGAACAAUUUCCACCCCUGUCCUCCCUCUCCUCAGUAUAAAGAGGUGGUGUGUCUGGGUGCAGAGCAAAAUGGACUCCCAGUGGAGUACUUGAAGAGGCUGGAUGCAGUUCAAACCAACAACUACAGCGGCCCUUCCAUUCUUGAUCAAAUCAGACCUGUAAUGAUGAAAAACUCCGAAAAAAUCUAGACUUUGGAAGCAUUUGAUGACAAAAACACCUCCACACAAACUCAGCUUUAAAUGCUGUUCCAAAAACAAGAGGAGCAGAAUCGAGUCAUGCGAACAGAAUUGCUACUAAGUUACCACUGUGGCUGCUUACAAUGAUUUUUUGUUACCUUUUCUAGUCAUGGUCAACUUUCUUGCAGUGUCAUGGGCUUCUAAAAGCAUUUCAGUGUAAGUUAUUGCUUUUAUCGUUUAAUAGUUGAAUGAUCAUAGAUAGUGAAAACAAUGAGGAUUGUACAAAUGAGGAUGACGAAAUAAAUCUGCAUAAAUCCAUUCUAGAUCAAGACUUAAUUAUUUGACUAUUGACUUGAAUAGGCGCCACUGUUACCCUGAAGUAGGUAAAAAAAAAAAAGCACUGAUAUGACAUGUUUGGCUGGGCCCAACAUUUCCUUUAACUUUGACGUACCAUGCAGCAGUUCAUGCGAGAAGUAUGUUGACAAAUGCACACCAUUCGAGAAACUGAAAUGAAAUGUAUGAUGGGGGGGAUAUUAAACAUUGUCAGCCUUA